UGAGAUGUGCUCUUCACUCAGCCUCGAGCGAGCACACUGAACAAAAUCUCGCCAAGACUCGCGAGAAUAAGCCGGCUUUCACGAAGCAAGAGAGACCGCUGCAGUGAUGGCCACGUACACGAGGUCCGACAGCUGCCGGGUGUGUCCGCCUGCGCGCGCUAACCGCUUCGACACGGCGCGCCGCAAGCGCGCGGCCCCCAACAUCUUCGAGCACGUGAGCGAGGACGCGCUCGCGCGGCUCUUUCGCAAGGCGGGCGACGCCAAGGCCGAGGAGCGCGUGCGCAGCAUCUUCUCGUGCUCCAACGAUCCGGACGAGACGGCGCGCGCUCUGAUGGCGCUCAAGCAGCGGAAGAAGGACAAGUUCCUGCAGAUCGCGCGCACACUGCGCGGCCUGCUGAAGCUGCGCUGAGGGCUCGCGCGCUCCUCACGGCUCCGGUAGAAGAGUCGUACAAGAGUGACAGCAGCUCGAGUGACAACGAGCGGCGAACCGACUCCGAGUCGACACUGCGCGCGCGGAUGUUCAGGGACACGGAGGGGAAACUUCCACGUGCCCGGUAGAGCGCGAGACAGACAGAGACGCUGAAGGAAAAGCCGCGUAUGGCAAGCCAACGGGGCCAAAACGCCACAAACGGACGGUUUUCUGAAGGGGAGCUGAAGUGCUGCUUCCAAGUAGCAGCUCAAUGCAUAUCACAUGAACGAAACUUCUCAUGAACUUUUGCAAAGAGUGAUGGACUUCAUGAGCAACUAAGCUCCUGUAUUGAUGCACUUGCAUAAAUCAUUAUUAUUAAUGAUAAUAUUAUUUAUUACAGCAGCAAUGUGGUGAUAACUUUUUGGUUAUGCAUUUGCACACAUUCUGUAACUUCCACAAUAAAUUAUGAACCAAAAACA